AUGGAUUCAAUUGGAACGAUCUACAGUUACAUGCCCAACCCCCGGGUCAUGAAGAUUCAAGCCGCUGCUGCAUUUAACAAUCGAACAGUCGAUUUCGCCGCCGACUUUGUCAUGGGCAAGACCAACAAGUCAUUAGACUUUCUGGCCGAUUUCCCUCUCGGCCAAGUACCAACAUUCAGGAGCCGAAGUGGGCUCAUCCUAUUCGAAUCAGAUGCCAUUGCCCAGUACGCGGCUGAGAGUGGCCCAGCACGGAAGCAGUUAGUCGGGUCUAAUGCGGAGGAGAGCGCAAUUAUUCGUCAGUGGAUUUGCUUUGCGGACCAUGACCUGUUUAUUCCGCUACAGAACAUGAUUCUUUGGCGCUAUGGCAUGGCGGCCUACGACGAAGAGCUUGAGGUCACUGCUCUUUCCACUUUGGAGAGAUCUCUCCUUGUUUUGGAGAGGCGUCUUGAGGGUCGUCAGUAUGUCGCUACGGACCACCUAGACUUGGCGGACCUCUCUGUUGCUGCUGCCAUGUACUGGGGUUUUGGUCAGAUUAUUGACGAGGAAAUGAGGGAGAAAUACCCUUUGACAGUGAAGUGGUAUCUGAGAGUGAUUGAGCAGGAGCAAGCGAAAACAGCGUUUGGGGAAAAGGUUUUUAUCGAAGUCAGGAAGGUGGGCUCCACAUAG